AGUUUAAUAUAAUAUUUUUAGUUCGACGAGAUAGUUCUUCGUGGACGGGAGAACAGUUGGUGUACAUUUUAAAGAAAAUCGGGAAAAGUGUCAUACAAAACACCGACGUGUUAAAACAUUUUUUUUUGGUUAUGAUUUAACGAAUUUACGAUAACAUUUUAAGCGCUUGUUACGUUAUAUGAUACGACGGGAAAGAUGGACGCUGAAAAAAGAGAACUUUCGACGUACAAUUUAAAGAAAAUGGAAACAGAUCUUGAAGAAGGUUUAGAAGUUGCAGGCUUUGGAAAGUACCAAUAUUUCCACAACACGUUAAUGGUAGUUAUUUUGGCAGCUUCCUUGAUAGAAAUGAUCGGAUGUUCUUUUCUUCUACCUUCCGCAGCUUGUGAUUUAGACUUACCUGAUAGUUUGAGAGGAGUUAUGGCGUCUAUACCAAAUAUAGGUGUUAUUCUGACUGCUCCGCUAUGGGGCAGGGCGGCCGAUAAUCUAGGCAGAAGACCAGUUCUGUUAUUGUCUACGAUGUUUGCUGGUUUAUUUGGAUUCAUUGCGUCUUUCAUGCCAACAUUAUUGACAUUUGCACUAUGUAAAUUAGCCGGAUCUUUCUUGUAA